UGAUGAUGAUGAUGAUGAUGAUGAUGAUGAUGAUGAUGAUGAUGAUGAUGAUGAUGAUGAUGAUGAUGAUGAUGAUGAUGAUGAUGAUGAUGAUGAUGAUGAUGAUGAUGAUGAUGAUGAUGAUGAAAUUUUAAAUUCCAUAUUUCAGUAA